AUGCAGCGCCAUCUCAGUAAUCAAUAUCCAAGCAAGCAACAAACUCGUCGAUCUGACUGCAAUCUCAGUGGCCCUGCCAAGGGUUACAUCGAGGCCCUUGAGCAUCGUCUUGCAGUUACCGAGGCAGUGCUUCUGCAGCUCCUUCAGGUGUCAGAUGACGCCGUCUUGCAAGACGCGUUUAAACAUGAGCCCAGCAAGCGGACAGACGUCUUAAAUACGGCUGCCACCGCAACGACAACUGACGCGGCAGGGCGAAUAGAGGCCAAGAAGACGGGCACAAUUGCCCACUGGGACAACUUCCCCUUGAACACGGCAGACGAGGUGAAGCGCUGGGCAAGCGAAGUCCUCGGCCGCGGCUCAGAUGACUUGGAGACGAACGGAACGGCCCGUGAAGACACCGAUCCGAGGUCAUUCAAAACAUAUCCCGUCCCACCAGAUCCGCUGUCAAGGAACCUGCCCGAGGUGAGCUCGAGAGCUAGUGCCGAGGUGUUUCCCCCACGGCCGAUGGAACCAACUGCUACGGCUCUUCCGACGGCUACAGAGCCUGCUUUGGCUUCUAGCACGACUUUUGUAAGGGAGAUGAUGUCGGGUGAAGUGUUUGAUUUGUCCCAAGAUUUUAGACGGCAAUUUGUAUGGUAG